AUGAAUGUGUUUAUUUUAACAUUUUCACUGCUCUAUGGCAUUAUGCCAUUCGAUCGCCUGAAUCCACGUUCAAAUAUAUUCGAUUAUAUACAAAUGUAUAUAAUACCGAUUUUCUAUUUAAUCUGCUAUGGAUUGACAAAUUUUGGCUCAUUUGGUAUUUCACAAAAUCCCAGCUGUGAUAGUGUGUGCCGGCUGGGAAAUGCGUUGUUAAUGCAUUUGGGUUGUUUCUUAUAUAUUUCGAUGCAUGCAUUGAAUUUGUGGCGCCGCAAAAAGUUCUUUAUUGUUUUUGAACAUACUUUACAUGAUAUCGAUGAGAAUUUACGAAGAUGUGAAGUUGUCAGUGGUUGUGAAAGUGAGAUCAAACCAAAGAAGAAGAAACCAAAAUAUUUAUUCUAUGGAACAUGGAUUGUGGUCAUAUUGGCAUUUACGGCAUCGUUUUGCUACGAUGUUCGAGAGUUGGUGUAUUACUAUCACGAAUAUUUCUUCAUAACGUUGAUGGUAUCAAAUUUCCCCUACUCAGCGGCAAGUGUUAUGUUGGGCCAAUUUAUAUAUUUUGUAUCGGAAAUAUCACAACGUUUUGAAAAACUCAACGAAUUAUUUGAAAAAAUCAGCACGGAGAGUGAUCGUAAACAUAUUCCCUUGAUGAUAUUCGAUAUAGAGACGGAUGUUAAAAAGGAUCUGCCACCAAAUCAACAAAUUCGCCACAGACAUUUUGCAGCUACUCGAGAAGAGAGUGAUGAACUCAAUGAUGAUUUGGAUCAAUUUUAUGAUACUGAAACGAUACCCGAUGAGGGCCCCUCUUCUGAGAGUAAUCUCCCCGAUUUGUUUAAAUUGCAUGAUAAAAUCCUAUCGUUGAGUGUCAUCACCAAUGCCGAAUAUGGUCCCCAAUCCGUUCCCUAUAUGGCAGUAUGUUUUGUCAUCACGAUUUUUGGCAUCUUCCUGCUGACCAAAGUCUUUUUUGUGGUGGGUGGUAAAAGUCGUUUAUUGGAUUAUGUCAUCAUUCUGUUCAUCGUCUGGAGCCUUACUACCAUGGUCGUGGCCUAUUUGGUGCUGCGUUUGUGUUGCAAUGCCAACGGUUUUUCCAAGCAAUCGGCCAUGAUUGUGCAUGAAAUCAUGCAAAAGAAACCUGCAUUUAUGUUGGGCAAUGACCUGUAUUACAACAAAAUGAAAUCCUUUACGCUGCAAUUCCUUCACUGGGAGGGUUAUUUUCAAUUUAAUGGUAUUGGCUUGUUCACCUUGGAUUACACAUUUAUAUUUUCGACUGUUAGUGCCGCUACAUCUUAUUUGAUUGUGUUGUUGCAGUUCGAUAUGAGCUCUAUAUUGAAGUCAGAGGGUCUGCUAUAA